CAGCUUCUGCUUGAAAGCGACAUACUUUCUCGAGGACUCAUUCGGCUACAAACCUCUCCUUAAGGCUCAUAUAUUGGUGUUUUUAAGGUUACAUCGCAAAAAUGGGUGAUAUCAACACUUGCCUCAAACGUACAUUCACCAUUUUCAACAUAAUCUUCGCGAUUGUUGGAGGCCUCAUCAUCUUUCUUGCAAUACUGGCCCAGAUCCUGACCAGUAUCCAUGGAGCAGAGAAUCUGGAAAACCGUACUUUCAGUCUGAUCCUGAUGUAUGUGGUGGGUGCCAUUACAAUGGUGAUUGCCAUUCUGGGAGCCUACGGAGCCCACAAGGAGAAAACAGGGCCUCUGAUCGCUUUCCUUGUCUGCAUGGUGAUUGGGAGUCUGAUAAUGCUUCGUUUUGGAAUCAAUACUGCAUUUGCACGGCCACAGCUGGAGCCUGUAUUGCAAGAAACAUUCCGCAGAUUUCUGCCUUUGGACCAGGCCCAGAGUAAAGUGCAGGAGAUGACUAAUGACAUGCAGAGUCAGAUCCAAUGCUGCGGGCUCUUCAGCUAUAAGGACUGGCGUGAUAACAUACCGGACACUUGCCUCUGCAACCAAGAGUAUGAGGAUAAUUGCAUGAAUAUUGGCUACAACGUUUUCACACCAAAAAAGUCAGUCUACAGCAGACCCUGCUUCCCCAUUCUGAUGCACUAUGUCCUAUUGGUCGCUGAUGUCCUGCUUGGUAUUGUCUUUACCCUAGCCGCUCUUGCAAUCCUGGGCCUGGGUUUGUCCUCUCUCAUGAUUCACCAGCUGAGACACCGCAACAGAGCCCCUAUGGUGGCAAAUCUACCUGCCAUCUUCAGCCCACAGCCUCCAAAAUAUCAGGAGCUUCAGAACCCUCCCAGCUAUCCAGGAUAUUAGCUUUGAUCUUCACCAAUGCCAGGCUCUUUUCUUGUACUUAUAAACCUGAAAAACCGGUUUAGGGAAAAAUGGCUCUGAAUCUCUCCUAUCUUACCUUUGUUUGAUGGGCACAGCCAGGUCUUUCAGUUAGCUGUCUGUAAGUUUCUGCAUUUGCACUGGGUUUUCAUAUUUCACAUUACAAUACUUACCAAAGGCUGCUCUCACUGAUUUUCCAAAGGGACACCUUAAAAUCUUUUGCCAUUAGUGUUAAUUAAAAGUGGGCGAUUCAACUAUUUUUGUGCCAUUGCAUACAUUAUUUUCUACUUUUAUAUUACUGCAGCAUUUUCAUUGUAUACAGUACAUCUUAUACUUUCUAGGGGAAGGUGAUUUGACUUUAUUGGUACUGUAAAACUAUUUCUAGUUGUUUGAGCCUGUACAAAUUGGUAUAGCAGAGGUAAUUAUUCAAAGGGAUGUUAUCUGUAUUGUUCAGUUUCAUGUAAAUAAAGAGAACUUUUUUGUCAUUGUCACUGUA